AUGAACAUUCGCAUCGCUUCGACCGCGGAAGCUAAAUUGUGUGACUAUAGUUGGCUUCUAUACGAAGUCCCUUGCAUUGUCGCUUUGACUGCCUUGAGGGUAUCCCAACGUCCUGAUUCUCCCGAUUCCCUCUCGUUCGGCUGGCAACGCGCACAACUAUUGGGUGCUUUUUUCAAUGGUUGCUUUUUGCUUGCUUUAGGUGUCAGCAUAGCACUGCAAUCCAUCGAUCGCUUCGUAUAUCUAGAGAGAGUCAAGAAUCCCAAAUUGAUGCUCAUCAUCGGCUGCACCGGGCUCACUCUAAACCUUAUCAGUGCAGUCUUCCUUCACGAUCAUGAUCACCAUGGACAUCACCACGGGCAUCACCAUAGUCAUGGUGAUAAAUCUAUGCCUAGCACCAUUGACAUCGAACAAAUGAGCUCGGACACUCUAUGUGCCAACACGAUAAGUACGUAUAUUUCGGAUGCCUCCAAGAAUCUCCAAGAAGAUCGUCACGAAGGUCAUCACCAUAUGAUUCAACCAUCAAACGACAGAAGUGAGCCUCGAGAUUUAGCCUCUCUAGCUGUGCUGCUUCAUGUGAUUAUGGAUGCAAUAAACAACAUAGGGGUAAUCAUAGCCGCCUUGGUUAUCUGGCGUACCAAAUAUGGUGGCAGAUUUUAUGCGGAUCCAGGAGUGAGCAUGGGCAUCUCAAUAAUGCUAAUCUUCUCAUCUCUUCCAAUAAUCAAAAACGCCGGCGCGAUUAUGCUACAGUCCAUCCCAUCCAGCAUCAAUCUCAACAAUAUUAAGCACGACAUCGAGAAUGUUCCAGGCGUCCUAUCUAUACAUGAGCUACACAUAUGGAGUUUAUGUCAGAGAAAGACGGUCGCCUCAGCCCAUAUAAUUACAAUCGAGACAGAUAUCAAAGAAUUCAUGAAGCAGGCGAAACUCAUUAGGGAAUGUUUGCAUGCUUACGGGGUUCACAGUGUAACACUACAAGCUGAAGCAUCAAACGGUGCAAUCUUGGAUGGAGUUGUUGCACAGGAGAAAUGUCAAAUGGUUUGCGGAAGUUUAUGUGAAGAUUUGGCCUGCUGUCCAUGA